AUGAUCGAGCGCCUCCGUGAGACUGACACGGCAGUCGAGAAAUCGGCGCUCACGUUCAGUUCACCAGUGGCUGGUGCGGUGGAACACAUAGGCGUUGAUCAUGAUGAAGAGACGCCUCAAUUUUCUGGGCUGAAGGAAUUGGAGAGGAAGAUCAGACUGAAGACCGACCUACGUCUCUGUACCAUUGCGGGUCUCCUCUGCAGUCUCAAUCUGCUAGACUCGGGCAUCCUAUCUUCAGCAUCGGUUACGACCAUGUUCAAUGACCUGGAGCUCUUCGGAAAUCGUUACUCUGUCUGCAUCUUUAUAUUCACCAUCUCUAGCGUUGUAUUCCAACUGCCAUCCACGAUUGCAGUGCGCUUUGUCGGUCCGCGCAUCUGGUUUGCUACCGUCACCUUCUGCUUCGGAUUGGUCACUUUGUGUACGGCGUUCAUUCAAACAUGGCGCCAAAUGAUCGCUGUGCGCAUUCUCUUGGGUAUCUCCAUGUCGAGUAUCUACCCGGGAUUGACAUAUCUCAUCAGCACCUGGUAUACGCGGGACGAACAACAGCUCCGGUUCGCUUUCCUGCAGUCGGGCGAAGUAAUCGUACAGUCGACUGGCAGCAUUGUCAAUUAUGGCCUCAACCAUCUACACGGGAAAGCUGGACUGGCUGGUUGGCGCUGGAUGUUUCUCGUUCAAGGUCUAAUUACUUGUGUUCUGGGGAUCAUCACGUACUGGUGGAUGGUGGACUUCCCAGAGAACGCACACCAAAGCUUUUAUUUCCUCUCUGACUGGGAGGCUCGAUUGGCAGCACGGAGAAUCAAAGUUGAUCGGGAUGAUGUCGUUGCGGAUCCAUUCUCCUGGCAGAAGAUCCUACAGACCUUUGCAGACCCAAAGAUCUACGGAUUCUCAUGCUUAUUUUUCUUACUCAAUCUCGUCUCGACGUCGAUGUCCUACUUUCUCCCGAUCAUUCUUCAGUCAGGCAUGGGAUUUUCAAGCAAUAAAUCCAUCCUUCUUUCUACACCGCCCUACUAUUACGCAGUUUUCCCUGUGCUUCUCACCUCUUUGGUCGGCGACUUUUACCGUAUCCGGGGCCCACUCAUCAUCUUCAAUGCAUUGAGCCUCAUCGCGGGCUUCCUGAUGUUCGGUCUUCCGACCUCAACCCAAGUCGUUGUUCGUUACAUUGGUACCUUUCUCGCCACUGGUGCCUAUGUGUCGAACUGGGCAGCCCUAAAUGCCUUUCAGGCCAACAAUGUUGUCGGCCAAUGGAAACGUGCCACUACCGCUGCAGCAGUCACUGCAUGCAAUGGCCUUGGCGGUGUUGCGGGGAGCUAUAUUGUUCGCCAAAAGGAAGUACCUGAGUACCAAACUGCAGUCUGGGUUUCCAUUGGAUCACACAUCCUUAUGAUUUGCCUUGUAGGGACAUUCACAGUUUACUUCCAUAUGUCCAAUAGACAGCAGAAACAUGGUAAAAGGGUUCUUGAGGGUCUGCCCGGAUUCCGGUACACUUAUUAA